AAAAAAAUUAUUUUAUUAUUUUAUUUUUUUUUUUUAUUUGUUUUUUUUUUUAUUUCAUUGAUUUAUUAUAUUUUUUUAAAAAAAUGGAGAGAAAUUUAAGUAAAAGUGAUAUUAAAUUUCAUCCACUUAAUGCGACCAAUUGGAAAGAAGAUAUUGAUGAAUCAAUCCUUGAAAAUUAUAGAUUUGCUGGAGGUCGAAGAUUUCAUAAUGUAGAAGGUGUACCAUAUUUUUUAGCAAAUGAUGAGGAAGAAAUCUCGAGAUUACAAAUGCAUCAUUAUCUUUAUAGGUACAUAUGGCAAAGUAUAUAUUCCUCUCCAAUGCAUGAUAAACUUGCUUUAGGAAAUCUUAAAGUAUUAGAUUCAGGUUGUGGCCCAGGAGCGUGGAUAUUAGAUAUGGCCAAUUCUUAUAAAGAAUCUAUUUUUGUUGGUGUUGAUUUAUCUCCAACAAUGUUUCCUUCUGCCCAAAAUAAAAAUACUCCUGAUAAUGUAGCAUUCUUGGAAAGAAAUAUUAUUGAAGGUUUUCCUUUUCCAAAUGAUACUUUUGAUUUCGUACACCAGGGUUUCAUGAAUUUUGCCUUUACUAAAAAUCAGUGGCAAGACGUUAUUUUUGACAUAGUCAGAAUAACUAAACCUGGUGGUUGGAUCGAAUUUACGGAAACUGAUAUUGAAACAUAUUUUGCUGGACCUCUUACUAAGAAAUUUAUGAAAUCAUUUCAUGGUCUUUUGAAUGCACGUGGCCUUGAUCCGUUUAUUGCUUCUCGUAUUGAAAGCUACUUACAAUCUACUAAUCAAGUUAUCGAUAUCCAUGUUGAACAUAAAUCAACUCCCUUAGGUUCACACGGAAAAAAAUUAGGAGAAUUGCUUUGUUGUAAUGAAUGGACAUCUAUAUCUCAUGCUAAAGCAUAUAUAUGUAAAUUUGUGGGUAUUCCGAUUGAAGAAUAUGACGAUUUUGUAGAAAAAAUUAAAAAGGAAUAUGAUGAAAACAAAUCUUAUUGCAAGUCAUAUAGAAUUUAUGGAAGAAAAAAAUAUUAAAAAAAAAAAUUGGAACUUUUCUUUUUUAAAAAAGAAUUAUAAAAAA